AUGUCUCUGUUGCCAAAGAGCGAUUCAAUCCAAAUCCGUGAGGUAUGGAACGAUAACCUCGAGGAGGAAUUUGCUUUGAUUCGUGAAAUUGUUGAUGAUUACCCGUACAUUGCCAUGGACACCGAGUUUCCAGGCAUUGUUUUACGUCCGGUUGGCAAUUUCAAGAGCAGCUAUGACUAUCACUACCAAACCUUGAAAGACAAUGUUGAUAUGUUAAAGUUGAUUCAAUUGGGUCUUACCUUUUCAGAUGAGAAAGGGAACUUGCCUACUUGUGGAACUGAUAAGUAUUGCAUUUGGCAAUUUAAUUUUUGUGAGUUUAAUGUCGACGAGGAUGUCUUUGCUAAUGAUUCUAUUGAGCUUUUGAGACAAAGUGGGAUUGAUUUCAAGAAGCACAAUGAAAAGGGUAUUGAUGCAAUGAGUUUGCAUGGGGGAUUGAACAAGCUUGCAGAGUUGCUGGAAGUGGAAAGAGUUGGGAUCUGUCAUCAAGCAGGUUCUGAUAGUUUGCUCACAUCUUGUACAUUCAGGAAACUCAAGGAGAAUUUCUUUAGUGGUACUUUGGAAAAAUAUUCCGGUGUAUUGUAUGGUUUAGGUGUUGAGAAUGCUCAUUGAUAAUGAGAAGUAAUAGAAAGAAAAAGAAAAAAGAAAGAAAAAAAAAAGGAUAACUGUUAGUUGUCUUUGUGAGUGUGCCUCAUAUCAACACUUCAAUAUACACUUUUGGCAACAAUUUCAGUAAGUUAUGAAUAUUUUCGUAUGCUUAUCA